AAAAAAAGAAAAAAAAAAAGAAAAACCAUAAAAAAAUAGAGAUUACCCCCACCAACGACGAAUCUUGUUAAAGGACAUAAUUCUUUUCAAAUACUAGGCACUUUCAAAUUCAUUUUUACCACAAAGUACAUUAUUUGGCCAAGUCUGUGAAUUCUGCACUUAUGACUGAGAGGGUCAACCAGCUCGGCGUUUCGCCGAGUGAUCGAUGCGCCAUUGGCAUCUCCUUUGGCAAUUCCUAUAGCUCCAUCGCGUGUACAAGUGACGAUACCCCAGUUGUAAUUGCAAAUGAGGAUGGAGACCGACAGAUCCCCACCAUCCUAUCAUAUGUCGAUGGAGAAGAGUACACUGGCAACCAGGCCAAGGCUAUGCUAAUUCGAAACCCUACGAACACUGUGGUUUCCUUCAAGGACUUCCUUGGCCAGGAAUUCAAGUCGAUUGAUCCCACCCACUGCCAUGCCGCCUCCCACCCACAAGACGUAGAUGGAACUGUCUCUUUUACGAUCCAGGACAAGGUUGAGGGCGAACCUCCAUCAACUCUCACUGUGAAGGAAAUAUCUGCUCGAUAUCUGCGGCGUUUAAUACAAUCCGCUUCAGAUUACUUGGGAAAGAAAGUCACUUCCGCCGUAAUAACGGUUCCUACCAACUUCACUGAAGCCCAGAGAGAGGCUCUUAUACAGUCUGCAAACGAUGCUGAGCUCGAGGUUCUCCAAUUAAUCAACGAGCCAAUCGCGUCAGUUCUUGCUUAUGAUGCGAGACCAGAGGCUAUAUUAGAAGACAGAAUCAUCGUUGUCGCUGACCUCGGCGGUACCCGCUCAGACGUUGCGGUGGUUGCCUCGAGAGGCGGACUUUACACUAUUCUUGCUACUGCUCACGAUUACGAAUUCGCCGGUGCUCACUUGGACAAUGUUCUGAUGGAUCACUUUGCAAAGGAAUUCAUGAAGAAGAACGCUAAUGUUGACCCCCGAGCGAAUGCGAGGAGCUUAGCAAAGCUUAAGGCUGAAUCUGAGGCUACCAAGAAGGCACUCAGCAUUGGAACCAAUGCCAGUUUCAGUGUAGAGAGUUUGGCGGAGGGUAUUGAUUUCCAGACCACCAUCAACCGGUUAAGAUAUGAGACAAUUGCCCGCAAGGUCUUCGAAGGCUUCAACCGUUUGGUUGACGGUGUGAUAAAGAAGGCGGGACUGGACGUACUUGACAUUGACGAACUCAUUCUUUCUGGUGGCACAUCUCACACGCCUAAAAUCGCUUCUAACUUCCGCGCGAUAUUCCCCGAGACCACUACCAUCCAAGCUCCAUCAACGAGCGCUGUUGCUAUCAAUCCCUCCGAGCUUCAAUCACGUGGUGCUGCUCUCCAGGCCUCAUUGAUCCAAGAGUACGAAUCGGACGACAUUGAGCAAUCAACACACCCUGCAGUCACCACAGUCAAGCACAUUACGAAUGCUAUCGGAGUUAUUUCGUUAUCGGAUGAGGGUGAAGAGUCCUUCACGCCAAUCAUUGCGCCAGAGACGGCUGUCCCGGCUCGCCGAACAGUUCACAUCGUGGCCCCUGACAAUGGAGGUAAUGUUCUAGUUAAGGUGGUUGAAGGUGGCACCCAUAUCAAGGUCACCAAACCAGAGCCAAAGUCUAAAGAGAAUGGCAAGAAGGACGACGAGGAUGAUGAUGAAGAUGACAGCGACUUUGACUCUGAGGAAGAAGAGGAGGAGCACCGAGAAAAGGUGUGGAAGAUCGGCAGCACCCUUGCCGAGGCGACUAUCCGCGACGUCAAAAAGGGAGGCAAAGUUGAAGUCACGAUCAACGUUGCCGGAGACCUAACAAUCACCAUCACGACGAGAGAAGUCGGCGGUAAGGGAGGCGUUAGAGGAACGUUGAAGUCUUCUUGAAAUAGACCAUCUCAUUACUUAUAUGCUACUACUUUUCCCCCUCGCCAUCGCCAUUGGCCCUUUUCGAGGGAAGGGAAAGAGGCCGACUUACGGUACCCGGUGAUGGGCAUGCUCUGUUUCGAUAGAGGGAACAAAUGCAUGGGGCAUGGAAGUUACUCCACGCUCAAGGGCUGAACAGGCUAGGCUAGGCUAGGUAGGCAUGGCAUAGCAUAAGGACUAGAGUAACGUGAAAAGAAAAGGGAUUCUUACGACUCCUGAAUGGGCUUCAUGCAUGAUGUGCCGUUUGUC